AUGCCCGACUCCAUUCCAGCCACCUUCAAGCCUGCCCUCAUCCUGCACGGCGGUGCCGGCAAUAUCCAGCGCUCGACGCUCCCUCCCGACCUCUACGCUCAAUACCAUGCCUCCCUCCUCUCCUACCUCCGCUCAACGAAAGAUCUCCUCAACAGCGGCGCCAGCGCCCUAGACGCGGCCGUCCACGCCGUCUCACUCCUGGAAGACGACGAGCUCUUCAACUGCGGGCGCGGCAGCGUAUUCACCUCGGCAGGAACAAUCGAAAUGGAAGCCUCCGUAAUGGUCACAACCGUCAACAAUUCCACCCAUGACGAGACACCAGGCUCCAUCAAACGAGGUGCAGGCGUGAUGGGGCUAAGAAACGUCCGGCACCCGAUCCAGCUCGCGAAGGAAUGCCUCCUCCGCACGGGCUACGACGCGAACGGCGACCCAACCGGCGAUGGGGGGAACAUGCAUGCGCAGCUCGUGGCGCCGUACGUGGAGGAGCUCGCUCGGGCGUGGGCGCUGGAGUUCAAGCCGGACGGGUGGUUCUGGACCAAGAGGCGGUGGGAGCAACAUCGGCGCGGGCUGAAGGGGGAGGAUGAGCCCGUUUCCAUGAGCCAGGGGACGGUCGGGUGCGUGUGUCUCGACCAGUGGGGGAAUCUGGCUGUUGCGACGAGUACGGGCGGGAUGACGAAUAAGCUUCCCGGGCGGAUUGGGGAUACGCCGACGCUCGGGGCUGGGUUUUGGGCUGAGGCGUGGGAGGAGGUGUUGCGCGAGAGCGAGGGCGAAGGAAUGGUAUACCAGUCCUCGUUAAACCCGCACGAUGCGGAGGAUGUUGCUUCUGGAGCUGCGGGCAUUAGGCGCAUUGUAGCCGAUUGUAUCCCGCCGGUUGUGAACAGAUUACUGUGGCCGGAUACGCGGUUACCCAGUCUGGAGCACCGCUACGAGAAGCAGGCACUUCUUGAGCGGGAAUCUACGCCGCGGCGUGUCAGACGACGAGCCGUUGCGCUCUCAGGGACCGGAAACGGUGACUCCUUCCUCCGCGUCGCGGCGGCCCGCACCGCCUGUGCUAUGCUUCGAUACUCUCAGUCAUCGGUUCCUCGUACUCUCGCGGAAGCUGUCAGUGCUGUUGCCGGCCCCGAUGGAGAACUUGAGCGUUCCGCGGGCCGGAGAUGGGGCAAGACUGGGGAAGGCGAGGGGGGUAUCAUUGGGAUCGAGGCCGAGACGGUGUUGGAUGCUACUGGCGCCGGUUUGCUCGGGGAGCAGAAGAAGGUGCUAAAUCGGGGCAAGGUGGUGUUUGAUUUCAAUUGUGGAGGGAUGUGGCGAGCGUGGGUGGAGGAAGAUGCUACUGGGAAGGACGUUGAGAGGGUAAUGGUUUUCAAGGAGGAAUACCGGUAG